GUACCACAGGCGUUGCUUCUUGUUGGAAGGGUUCUCUGGUGUGCUGGAUGCGACGGACGAAGCUAAUCGACGCUUCAACGCUGUGUUCCCCACAAUAAACAUUGUACCGUCACCUUUGUGCCUAUUCUCCCUUUUCCUAUUAGUAUGCUGUGCUGCCGACGUCAGCUGUGUGGGUGGUUGAGGAGGGCACCGUGUGCAGCUCUGGCUGCCACCUGCACCUCCCUACCCUUCAAGGAAGGUUUUCCAGCAGCACAUCAACAGACACGUCGCGUGUGCAGCGCGACCCCCUGCUGCCUCGCACGGCGCAUCCGCGGCAAUCUUCGGCGUGCGCGCGUCCGCGAGGCGGCCCCGGGCGAUUGGCUCUGCCAGUGUGGGGAGACGAACUACCGCGCCAAGCGGGAGUGCUUCAAGUGUGGCGCGCCUGCCCCGCCACUUCCGCCGGGUGUCCGUCGGCCAUGCCUGCCGGGGGAGGACCCGCACGACUGGGCGUGCCCGUGUGGUCAAAUGAACUUCCGCGCCAGUGUUUGCUGUCACCGGUGUCAGCAGCCGAAGCCGGAGCCGCCGCCGGUGCUGGGCAAAGAGCUGUCCCUCUGGACCUGUCCGAAGUGCAAAGGAAUUAAUCGAAGCACACGCAAGUUCUGCUUCAAGUGCUCCACGCCAUCUCCACUGAUUGAGUUCAAGCCGCUGCAGUGA